AGAGAGAGGGCAACUUUUUAGCAGAAAACGCGCAGAAACUCACCGCCGCAUCUCGAGACUGCAGGCAUCCGCCAGAAACAGUGCGAAAACGGACCGUUAAAAGAUGUGAUUAUUUUCCCUUUCUGCCUCCGAUAGGUGUCUUUAUUUUACAGAAGAACAAAGAUGAGAAUUCAAUAUUCUGAAGAUAUUUCCAUCCUCAUCAUCCUUCAGACGCUGUGGUGGGGCUUGAAUAGUCAAUGUGAGGAACCAAUAGAAAGCUCCAAACUCGACCUCUCUGUGACCUAUGACCUCCCUCACUUUGUGUCUGACACUCCCAUACAGAAGCUGUUGGAAUUCAAUGGAACUGUGUAUGUAGGUGCUGUCGACAAGCUUUACGCCCUGUCGAAAGACCUCAAGAAGAUACAUGAAUAUAAUACCGGACCAGUUCAUGAGGGUCAAGACUGCAGUGCACCAGAUCCAUGCAGUGGUUGCAAAAACAAACCCCUCAACAUGAACAACACCAAUAUGGCCCUAUUGGUGGAGACUUUCUAUGAUCUUGAGCUCUUCAGCUGUGGUUCAGUUGGGAACGGCGUCUGCCGUCGUUACCUGUUAGAGGAUGGACCCCUGGAUGCGGAAAUUACUUGCAUGUAUUCGAAGAAGAACAAAGACAGCAGCCAUGGUUGCCCAGACUGCCUGGCAGGUCCUUCGGGCACUCAGAUCCUUAACGUGAUGAGCAGCGGCGUUGUGAGGUUCUUCGUUGCAAACUCUGAGCCACUUGACUCGACCGUGCCGCGUCUCCACCACACCAUUUCUGUUAGGAAGAUGCGAGAGACUCAAGACGGCUUUGAAUUCUUUUCUGAACAAUCCUACAUGGACUUGGCCCCAGGGCUGCGUGGGAACUACCCGCUGCGCUACGUCUACUCCUUCCAGAGCGGCCCAUACGUGUAUUUUCUCACUGUCCAACGAGAAGGUGGCAGCUUAAAUGCCUUCCACACGAGAAUCAUACGCAUGUGUUCUUCAGAUCCUGAGAUCUUGCGCUACGUUGAAAUGCCCUUCGAGUGCAUUUACUCCGAGCGAAGAAGAAAGAAGCGCUCGGUUCAGGUGGUUUUCAAUGUUCUCCAGGCUGCGCAUGUGGCCAAAGUCGGCUAUGACUUUCAGCAGGAGAUGGGCCUGAAAGAAGGAGAGGACGUGCUGUUUGCUGCCUUUGCCCGAAGCAAACCCGACUCACCUGAGCCCACGGCCAGCUCUGCCGUUUGCCUUAUCUCCAUCACAGACAUCAAUAACUUCUUCAGGGAUUUCAUGCAGAAGGGAUACACGAGGAAGCUCAGUCACUUUCCAGGAUCAGAGGAGAAAAACUUCAACCAGACAACCCACUCCACAAACCGGACUCCAACAUCUCCUGCCUUUAUGUGGAAACAUAGGGCAUCUGACACUGUUCUUCAGUUUUGAUUGAAUUUAGCCUUGCUUUCCUGUUUUAUUUGUUAAUGUGGAACCAAAGUUAUUUGAAUAUCAUAUCAGAUAAAUCGCCAAAGUCCGUAAUAGACUCUUACCCAUCGAGAAAAAGACACCACAGCUUUCAGACUUCACCCAAGCUCUUAAAAUUAUCGAUUGGACAGUCUGCUCGACCUCAGCAAUAUUCGUUAAUAAAACAGACAGAAAUAUAGUCCUUAUUGUUUG